GCGGGAACAAGCACGUUUAGCGUUUAGUUUGCGCUUAAAGAAUGAAGCUAAAACUGCAUCUUUUCCCCCCAUAUAUAGACGUGUUAUUUUUUAGCUUGUUGUGACACGCUCAGUCAAGCGUUAACUGAAGAAUUUUCAGCUUUUAAGGUGUUGUGGAGGAAAAUGAAUGACUUUGCAGUUCUCAACACGGGGAGGAAGAUGCCCUUGGUUGGACUGGGAACAUGGAAGAGCGAGCCAGGAAAGGUGAAGCAAGCAGUCCUGUGGGCGCUGGAAGCUGGUUACCGUCACAUCGACUGUGCAGCCAUCUAUGGCAAUGAGGCAGAAAUCGGAGAAGCUCUGAAAGAGAUGCUUGGCCCUAGCAAGCCUCUGAGACGAGAGGACAUCUUCAUCACCUCCAAACUGUGGAACACCCGGCAUCACCCGGAGGACGUGGAGCCCGCCCUCCUGAAGACGCUAAAGGAUCUCCAGCUGGAGUACCUGGACCUCUACCUCAUCCACUGGCCCCACGGUUUCCAACGGGGUGACGUUCCGUUUCCUAAAAAGGAAGAUGGAAGCUUGAUUUAUGACCACAUAGACUACAAGCUAACAUGGGCUGCCAUGGAGAAGCUGGUGGAGAAGGGGCUGGUUCGCUCCAUCGGUCUGUCCAACUUCAACAGCAGGCAGGUGGACGACAUCCUCUCUGUGGCCAGCAUCAAACCAACGGUUCUUCAGGUAGAGAGCCACCCUUACCUGGCCCAGGUAGAGCUGCUGGCCCACUGUCGAAACCGGGGUCUGGUGAUGACGGCGUACAGUCCUCUAGGCUCUCCUGACCGCGCAUGGAAACGUCCAGAGGAACCCGUCCUGCUGCAGGAACCUGUAGUGAUCUCACUGGCAGAGAAAUAUCAAAAGUCUCCGGCUCAGAUCCUCUUGAGGUGGCAGACUCAGCGAGGCGUAGUGGUGAUUCCUAAGAGUGUGACCGAGUCCCGGAUCAAGGAAAACAUCCAGGUGUUUGACUUCAGCCUAGAAGCAGAAGAAGUGAAAAGCAUCACAGCGCUGGACAGAGGCUGCCGUUACAUCGUUCCAAUGAUAGAAGUGGAGGGCCGGCGCGUUCCCAGAGACGCAGGACAUCCUCUGUACCCCUUCAACGAUCCGUACUGAGCUGCGAGGCUUCGGCCGGACUCUGUGCCUUCAGCCCCUUCAAAGCUCAACAAGCUGCCGUGUUCGUUUUUGUCAGAGUGAAGACUGAACACAGAAAUAAAUAUUUUUGUUACUUCUC